CCCAAUGCACUCCAGGCCAUCACUCCGGGGGCUGUGGAGGCUCUCCUGGGGGUGCUGCAGCGAGGAGGAGGAGUGUCCUCACCAUCCCCAGGGCUGCUGGAGGUGACCCUGCACACCGUGGUGGCUGUGGUCCAUGUCCUGCACAGCAGCAGCCCCAGCGCUGGCCAUGUGUCCCUGAGGGUCCUCCUCGAUGGCUACUUCAGGGUCCUCAACUCUCACCUCCACAUGGCCUCCAUGGAGCCAGAGGUGGCUGGUGACCUCAUCACUCUGCGGGUGCUCAUGCUAGAUGCCAUCCCAGCCAUGUUGAAUUGUGAGGACCGUCCAGUCCUCCAAGCUGUCUUCCUCAGCAACAACUGCUUCGAGCACAUCAUCCGCCUCCUCCAAAACAGCAAGGUUGUUGACAGCAGCUCCGACACCAUCGCAGUCCACGCCAUUGGGGUCCUCACCGCCAUCAUGAGCAACUCGCCCUCAGCCAAGGAGGUGUUCAAGGAGCGCAUCGGCUAUGCCCAUCUCUACGAGGUGUUGAGGAGCCAAGGUCAGCCCACCCAACGCCUGCUCCAGGAGCUCCUCAACAUGGCAGUGGAGGGCGACCACAGCUCCUUCCCAGUGCGUCCCAUCUGCAACGAGCAACCUCUACUCAUCCUUCUGGCCUGGCUACCAGCUCUGGCCUGUCGGGAUCUUCAAGUCUUCCUCUCAGGUUGGCUACGUCGCCUCUGCGAAGCCUCCCUGCCCAACCGCCUCACCUGCGUCAAGGCAGGCAUGGUGGGCUCUCUCCUGGCUGCCCUGGCCACCGAGCCAGCGCUGCCAGCUGCCUGCUCUGAGAACCUUCUGGAGCUCUUGAGGGCCUUGGGAAGCCUCUCCAUCCGCCCCGGAGAGCUGCGGCAGCUGCUGCGGUUGCUGCGGCGUGAGCGAGGUCGGGGACCACAUCCCUAUGUGGCACCUGUCAUCCGGGCACUCUCGGGGAUGGCCAGGGUGGAGGGACCUCCCAGAGCAUUGCAGUGCUUUGACCUGACUCCUGGCAUGGCUGGAAUCAUGGUGCCCACCGUGCAGAAGUGGCCUGGAGGUGCCUUCGCCUUCCAUGCGUGGUUAUGCCUGAGUGAGGAGGAGGCUGAGCCACCAGUAAGGCCGAAGAGGAGGCAAUUAUACAGCUUCUUCACAGCUGGUGGGACAGGCUUUGAGGCAUUCUUCACUGCCAGCGGCAUGUUGGUGGUGGCUGUCUGCACCAAGAAGGACUACAUGACUGUGGCAUUACCAGAGUUUGCCUUCAACGACUCAGCUUGGCACUGCAUUGACAUCGUCCACGUCGCUGGCCGUCGGCCCUUUGGCCAGAACAUCGUCAGCAUCUACGCUGAUGGGCACCUGCGGACCACAGCGCAGCUCCGUUUCCCCUCCCUCCACGAGUCUUUCCCCUCCUGCUGCAUCGGCUCCGCGGGCCACCGGACCACCACCACCGCUGCCACCACUACUGCUCUGGAGGGUCACCUGGGCUCUGUGGCCAUCUUCUGUGAGGCUCUACAGCAAGCCCAGGUCAAGGCACUGUUCUGUGCAGGACCAAAUGUCACAUCACCAUUUACACUGGAAGGUGACCUGAUCGAGCUCAACAGCAAGCUCUUGCUCUACUACACCCCACAGGCCUGCAGGAACAACAUCUGCCUAGACCUCUCUCCCAGCCACGGCUUAGAUGGGAGGCUGACAGGGCACAAGGUGGUCAACUGGGACAUCAAGGACGUGGUCAACUGCGUGGGUGGGAUGGGUGUGCUGCUGCCCCUGCUCGAGCAAGUGGUGUCCAAGAAGGAGGAGCCUGAGGAUGAGCAGGAGACCAAUGAUUUGGUGGGGCCAGAGCUGACGUCCUCCAGGAACGCCCAGGGCAUGCUCAUCCCACUGGGAAAGUCCUCAGAGAGCAGGCUGGAGAGGAACAGCGUGGCUGCCUUCCUGCUGCUGGUGAAGAACUUCAUCCAGAACCACCCAGUAAACCAGGAGAGCCUGGUGCAGUGCUACGGGCCAGCCAUCAUCGGGGCACUGCUGCAGAAGGUCUCUGGUGCACUGCUGGACAUGAGCACUCUGAUGGCCUCACAGAUCCUCAUGGAGCAGGUGGCCUCUGAGGGCAGCGGUCUCCUGCUGCACCUCCUCUACCAACAUCUCCUCUUUGACUUCCGAAUCUGGAGCAACAGCGACUUCGCCGUGCGCUUAGGUCAUAUCCAGUAUCUGGCCAAUGUGGUCAAGGAUCACAAGCAGCGUGUCCGCAAGAAGUAUGGAGUGCAGUACAUCCUCGACUCCAUCCGGACGUACUACGGCACCUCCAGGGAGAAGACCACAGCCACCGAUGAUAUCAAGACAGUGCAGACAUCCCUCUUCAGCUUGGUGAAGGAUUUCUUCUGCAGGAGCUUCUCUGGGGAGGAGAUGCAGAGCUUACUGAACUACCUGACUGGGGUGCAGGAUGAGCAGCAGGUCUGCGGAGCACUGGAGGUGAUCCACAGCCUGCUGAAGGGCUCACCUGCCCAGGAACAGCUCUUCACCUUCCUCUUUGAGCCAGGCCAUGUUGAGGUCUUCUUCUCACUGCUGGUGCAGAAGAAGUUCUCAGAUGAAGUGCGAGAGAGGGUCUUCAAGGUCCUCUACAAGAUGCUGAAGUAUGAGAAGGUCCCUGAGCGCAGCAAGAACCGCCUGAAGCUGAAGGACAUUGGGUACCAUGGGCUCAUCUCCUACCUCAAUGACAUCCCCAGCUCCAUGCUGCUCUUCCGUUGCCUCUCGGAGCAGGUCCUUGGAGCAGACCCUCCCAACUACAAGGACCUGGUGUCUGUGGUCUACCUGUCCCACCGGGCUGAGCUGGCUGUCCGGCUCGAUAUCUGCCGCAAGCUUUUCCACCUGAUCUAUGCACAGCAGGACAUGGUGAAGCAGCUGGCAAGGUUGGCUGGUUGGCAGGACACGCUCACCAAGCUCUACGUCAAAGAGUCCUAUGAGUCCCGUCAGCACAGCCUGAGCAAUGUGGGCAAUGGGGCCUGCAUGGAGCUCAUCCACCUUUCCAGCCCCUCCAGCAAGGAGGGGAUGAGUUCACCACCAGCUGAGCUCCAGGAGCUGGAUGUCUUCCUCCCUAUGGGGUAUGAGGCCUCGGACCAGGAACUUUCUGAGGGCUUCUCUGACCACUCCAUCUCCCCAACUGGCCGCACCAAGUCCUUCCACUCCUACAACUUCAACUACCACCCACUCUCACCCUUCUCCACCUCACCCUUUGACUUGGGGCUUGACCUGGCCAGCACCAGCUCCAUGGCCACAGCUGAGAGCGGCACCCAAACCCCAACCAGCGGCCCUGGCACCCCCUCACCUCUGGAGAGCUUCAAGCCCUUCCCAGGAAUGCGAGCACGCAAGAGCUCCAGUCUCUCCAAUGUCCUGGAUGAGAGCAGCUACCAGGACGUGCUGCCCAGUGACAACAUCUCCAACACCAGCAAUCCCCAGCAAACACCUGAGGAGGAGCUGUGCAACCUCUUGACCAACAUCAUCUUCUCCGUGACGUGGCGCGGGGUGGAGGGCUGGGACGACACGGCAUGGAGGGAGCGUGGGCAGGUCUUCUCCGUCCUCACCAAGCUGGGGACAGCGUGUGAGCUGGUGCGGCCUCCUGAUGAGAUCAAGCGCAGCCUGCUGGAGAUGAUGUUGGAGUCGGCGUUGACAGACCUGAAGGAGUCAGGACCAUCUGCCCUGCCUGGGCUCACCCACAAUGCCCUCAAGCUGCUGCGGCUGCUCCAGGACUUCCUGUUCUCCGAGGGACACAACAACCAGGCCCUGUGGAGUGAGAAGAUCUACGAGGGGAUCAGCAGUCUGCUGGACAAGCUGGGUGUCUGGUACCACCUGGCCAAUGGCACCUCUGACCUCAAGGAGAUGGCUCAGACAGGUCUCCGCAUCCUUGUGGGCUACAUCAUGCUGCAGGACCCUCAGCUGCACUCUUUGGCCUAUGUGAAGCUGCACAGCCUCCUGCAGACAGCCUCAGCCCCCAGAAAGGAUGAGGCCUGCUACCUGCUGGGCAAGCUGGAGACCCCUCUGAGGCGCUCACUGGACGCCAAGUCGGAGACCUUCUCUUGGUUGGUGCCCAUCAUCCGUACGCUCAUGGAUCAAUGCUAUGAGACCCUGCAGCUGCAGCUCUUCCUGCCCUCACUACCCCCCACCAAUGGCAGCCCCACCUUCUACGAGGACUUCCAGCUCUUCUGCACCACCCCAGAGUGGAGGAGCUUCAUUGAGAAGCAUGUGCAGCCCACCAUGGCCCAGUUUGAGAUGGACACCUUUGCCAAAAGCCAUGACCACAUGUCCAAUUUCUGGAAUGCCUGUUACGAUGCCAUGAUGAGCAGUGCCCAACGUCGGGAGCAGGAGAAGGCAACCAGCCGCAAGAUGUUCCAGGACCUGGUGCUAGAGCCAGUGGCCAAGCGCUCCAAGGCGGAAAACUCCCGACAUUCCAACAUGCUCAAGCAGGCCAACAACCACCACAACACUGUGCUGAAGCAGUGGAGGUCCCUGUGCCGCCUCCUCACCUCACCUCGCUCCGCCUGGGCUGACAGGAACCCACCAGAGGUUCACUGGAAGCUGUCGAGUGCUGAGACCUACUCUCGGAUGAGGCUGAAGUUGGUGCCCAACUUGAAUUUUGACCAACACCUGGAGGCCAGUGCCCUACGGGACAACUUGGGAGCUGACCACCUCCAAAACCCCACCGAGUCCCUCCCGCUUGCCAUGGCCAAGGAGGCCAAGGUGAGCGAGCUGGAGGAUGACCAGUUGGCUGAGGAGGACCUCCCUGUCCUGGACAACCAGGCUGAGCCCAAGGAGCAGAACCAACGAGAGAAGCUGGUGGUCUCAGAGGACUGUGAGCUCAUCACGACAGUGGCUGUAAUCCCCGGUCGCCUGGAGGUGACAACGCAGCAUGUCUAUUUCUACGAUGGCAGCAGCGAGAAGGAGGAGACAGAGGGAGGGAUUGGCUAUGACUUCAAACGUCCCUUGUCCCACCUGCGUGAGGUCCACCUGCGCCGCUACAACCUGCGCCGGUCUGCACUCGAGCUCUUCUUCAUCGACCAGGCCAACUACUUCCUCAACUUCAAGAAGAAGGUGAGGAACAAGGUCUACUCCUGCAUCCUUGGCCUGCGUCCCCCCAGCCAGAUCUACUUUGGCAGCCGAUCACCCCAGGAGCUGCUGAAGGCCUCAGGGCUUACACAGAAAUGGGUCCUGCGGGAAAUCUCCAACUUCGAGUACCUCAUGCAGCUGAACACAAUUGCAGGACGCACCUACAACGACCUCUCCCAGUACCCCGUGUUCCCCUGGAUCCUGCGGGAUUACGUCUCAGAGACCCUCGACCUCACCAACCCUUCCGUGUUUCGGGACCUGUCCAAGCCCAUUGGGGUGGUCAAUGAGCGCCACGCCCGGGAUGUGAAGGAGAAGUAUGAGAGCUUUGAGGACCCCACAGGCACCGUGGACAAGUUCCACUAUGGCACACACUACUCCAAUGCUGCGGGUGUCAUGCACUACCUGAUCCGCACUGAGCCCUUCACCACCCUCCACAUCCAGCUGCAGAGUGGCAGGUUUGACUGCUCUGACCGGCAGUUCCACUCAGUGCCAGCAGCGUGGCAAGCACGUAUGGAGAACCCUGUGGAUGUUAAGGAGCUCAUCCCUGAGUUCUUCUACUUCCCUGAGUUCCUGGAGAACCAGAAUGGCUUUGACCUGGGCUGCCUUCAGCUCUCCAACGAGAAAGUGGGUGACGUGGUGCUGCCACGGUGGGCACGCUCCCGUGAGGACUUCAUCUACCAGCAUCGCAAAGCCCUGGAGUCAGAGUAUGUCUCGGCUCAUCUGCAUGAGUGGAUAGACCUCAUUUUUGGGUACAAACAACGAGGCCCGGCUGCCGUGGAGGCCCUCAACGUCUUCUACUACUGCACCUAUGAGGGGGCCGUGGACCUGGAUGCCAUCGCAGAUGAGACGCAACGGAAGGCUCUUGAGGGCAUCAUCAGCAACUUUGGGCAGACGCCCUGCCAGCUGCUCAAGGAGCCCCAUCCUGCCCGGCUGUCAGCAGAGAGUGCUGCCCAGAGGCUUGCUCGCCUCGACACCCACUCCCCCAACAUCUUUGAGAACCUGGACCAGCUCAAGUCCUUCUUCGUGGAGGGAAUCAGUGAUGGGGUGGCCCUGGUGCAAGCUGUGGUCCCCAAGAACCAGGCGCACUCCUUCAUCACUCAGGGAUCUCCUGAUGUUCUGGUCACCGUGAGUGCCAAUGGCUUGUUGGGGACCCAUAACUGGUUGCCUUAUGACAAGAAUAUUUCCAACUACUUCAGCUUCACCAAAGACCCCACAGUCUCCAACACCAAGACCCAGCGCUUCCUGCAGGGCCCCUUUGCCCCCGGUGUGGACCUCUGCUCCCGCACGCUGGCUGUGUCCCCUGAUGGGAAGCUGCUCUUCAGUGGGGGACAUUGGGACAACAGCCUCCGUGUCACCUCCCUGACCAAAGGGAAGGUCGUUGGGCACAUCACUCGGCACAUAGAUGUUGUCACCUGCCUGGCACUUGACCUUUGUGGCAUCUACCUCAUUUCUGGAUCCCGGGACACCACCUGCAUGGUGUGGCAGGUCCUACAGCAGGGUGGUUUCUCCAGCGGUUUGGCUCCCAAACCUGUCCAGGUCCUGUACGGCCAUGAUGCUGAGGUGACAUGUGUGGCCAUCAGCACCGAGCUGGACAUGGCAGUGUCAGGCUCCAAGGAUGGCUCCAUCAUCAUCCACACCAUCCGCCGAGGGCUCUUUAUCCGGUCCCUGCAGCCACCUGGCGAGAGCUCACCGCACACUGUCCUGUCCCACCUGGCUGUGGGACCAGAGGGGCAGGUGGUGGCCCAAACCACUGUGGAUCAACAAUCCUGCUUGAAGGACAGGUUUGCUCUGCACCUCUACUCAGUGAAUGGGAAGCACUUGUCCUCCGUCCCUCUGGACCAGGAGGUGACAGCCAUGUGCUUGACUGAGGACUUUGUGGUGUUGGGGACCACACAGUGUGGGCUGGAGAUCCGGGACCUCCAGAGCCUCAGGGCGGCCGUGCCCCCCGUGCCCAUGCGGGUGCCCGUGCACAGUGUGUCCAUCACCAAGGAGAAGAGUCACAUCCUGGUGGGGCUGGAGGAUGGAAAACUCAUCGUGGUGGGCGCUGGGCAGCCUGCUGAGGUGCGUCCAGGCCAGUUCCACCGGCGGCUGUGGCGUUCCACACGGCGCAUCUCCCAGGUGUCAGCUGGAGAGACUGAAUACAACCCCGCCCAGGAAAGGUCCUAG